AGCGCCCGGGGCAGGCGGCGGCGCGGAGCCCGGCGGGGCCGCAGUGAGGGCCGCGGGGGGAUGCGCCGGCCGGAGAACGGGGCGGCGGCGGGGACCAGAUAAAUGGCUCAUUUAAAUUGGGAGCUACUAAAAUACUUUCUGGCUGGCAAAUGCAGUGCCUAGUAGCAGCUAUCAGGGAGGAACCAAACAUGAGUGGGGGAGGGGAACAGGUCGACAUUCUGCCGGCCAACUACGUGGUCAAGGACCGUUGGAAAGUGCUGAAGAAGAUUGGUGGUGGUGGUUUCGGUGAGAUUUAUGAGGCAAUGGAUCUCCUAACCCGUGAGAAUGUGGCCCUGAAAGUGGAGUCGGCCCAGCAGCCCAAACAGGUCCUCAAGAUGGAGGUGGCUGUCCUGAAGAAGCUGCAAG